GAACGGGGCGUGGUUAGCUCACAGGUCCAGAGACCCAGACCAAAGCAACAGCACCACACUGACUACUCGAGAAGAGGAAGAAAAUGGAGGAGAAGGACUAUAAGGCAAACUACUAAAUGAAAAUAACAACAUGGAAGACGUCGGUGGGCUCCAAGACUUAACUGGUUCUUAUCUGGGCUUCUCUGGUCUUAUCUGGUCCGCCCAAUGCUGCUCUUCUGAGAGCAACCGCUCUGACAGCUCUCUCUCUACUGGGAAACAGCUAAAAGUCCUUCUGGAGGCUUUGCAUUUGAACUCCUAUGACUGGUUGCGGACUUGAAGGGAACGCCUUCCUGACAUCCAGGAAAAAGGUGAGAUUAUAAUACAUUUGAAUGCCAAAAGCAAGUUAUUGUUUUUAACUUUUGAAAUAUGAUUGUUUUGGGGCAUUUCAGUUUUAUUGGACAGGCAGUAGAGAUCUACUGGAAACAGUGGAGAGGGAGGAGAUGAUAUGCAGCAUACGGCCCAGCCGGAUGGUUGCUGCUCCGUGUGGAACGUGUCCUAUCAGGUGUAACAUCUACCAAUGGUUGUACAUGACAGAGACCUCCUCCGCCUCUUUGCUGUCUUACUAGUCAAUCCUUCAGAUCAGGUCCUUUCCUAAAUAGUGAAAGGAUCAUGCCAGCCCACAUCAAACACCUGAUCAAGAGCUUGUGAACCUCACUGCUGCAGACACCUGUGUGAUAUUCCACUCUGACUGGGAACCCUCAAUAUGACCUGCAGGCUCAAGCUCGGUGUCAUCGUUUUGGCCAGUCUAAGGCGGUGGAGGUGUACCGUCUGAUCACUAGAAACUAUGAGAGGGAAAUGCUGGAUAAAGCUAGUCUGAAGCUCGGGCUGGACCGUCCCGUCCUGCAGAGCAUGAGUGGCAACAACAACGGGCUCCUUGAACGCAGCAUAGUAUUGGCUUGGCUUUUGUGAUGGCGUCAGGUCCACCUGCUGGCUCCAUGGCUGGCACCAGCGCACAGGAGCAACUGAAAAGGGACUUUCUUCAGAGACUACUGACUAGAAUUUCCCAGAUCACGCAAAGACUGCCCUUAGAUGUUGACUAUUUGCAGUUUGUAGUGGACCAGGAGAUGGCUCUUUUUAGGUCGCUAUCAGGCCAGGUUGAUAUGCCACAGGAUGUUAUCAAUGCUUUGACUGAGCUGUCAAGGCUUGUCAAUAUUGAAGACAUCUCUAAUCAGACCCCUCAUCAAGUGCCAGUAAUGCAAGGAGAAAUGGGACGACCAAAAUAUGUUGUCUGUCCUCAGCAACUACAAGGCUUAAUAGAAGACUUGUCCCUACCAGUGUCGGCCAUAGCAAAACUUCUGGGUGUAUCUGAGAAGACAGUCAAAAGGCGCAUGCAUGAAAAUGGCCUCUCCAUAAAACAGUCCUACAGUACCCUAACUGAUGAUGAACUAGACAAUUUGGUUCGGUCAGUUAAGGCCAGGACACCACAUGUAGGAUAUCGAAUGAUGAAAGGAAUCCUGAAGGCCAUGGGUCACCGUGUGCAAUGGAAGAGAGUGUCUUCAUCAAUGCAUCGUGUUGAUUCUGUGGGUGUACUCACAAGAAUGGCAAGGAUGGGGUGUGUUGCAAGAAGGACAUAUUCUGUUCAGGGUCCUCUGCACUUGGUACACAUCGACACAAAUCAUAAACUCAUCAGAUAUGGUCUUGUUAUUUUUGGAGGGAUUGAUGGCUUCUCACGGAAGAUCAUGUACCUGGGUGCUGCCACUAAUAAUAAAGCAUCGACUUCACUUGACUUCUUCUUGGAGGGUGUGCAAAAGUAUGGCUUUCCAUUAAGAGUAAGAGCCGACCAAGGAGUGGAAAAUGUUGGCAUAGCGCGAUGCAUGUUCACUAUAAGGGGCUGUGGAAGGGGAAGCUUCAUGUCAGGGAAAAGUGUGCACAAUCAAAGAAUCGAACGUUUGUGGCGAGAUGUUUGGAUGGCUGUUUCAAACGUGCACUACGAGGUUCUUCACAGCCUCGAGGAUGAGGGUGUUCUAGAUCCGUCUGAUAGCAUCCACAUGUUCUGUGACCAGCAUGUAUUUGUUCCGCGUCUUCAGAGGGAUCUCAAUGUCUUCAGGAUGGGUUGGGAUAAUCACCCUCUAAGGACAGAGCGAAAUUUGUCCCCACACCAACUGUGGACAAUGGGACUCCUCCAUAAUCCUAUUGAUGUUCCAGACCUUGCAGAGGAAAUGGAGGAUGCAGAUCUUGAUUUCAACACUGCCAGUGAGCCAGAUGAGACCAGUCCUGGAGUGAUUCUCCCACCUGUUGAAAGUCCCCUCAGUGAGCAGGAUAUGGCAGGACUUUUGGCCAAUAUUGAUGUUACAAGACCAUCUAGGUCCUACGGCCGAGACAUUUAUUUAGCUGUAUUGAACCAUGUAUUAAAUCAUGCAUCCUAAAUGCAAACAUGUUUCAAGGGUUUAACCAUUUAGACAUUGUAACGGCCCCAGAGCCUGUGUGCAGGUGUGUUACAGGUCUUACGGUGGGGUGGAGCUGAAGAGGCCAAUCAGCGCGAUCGCGAACACCUGGCCGGAGCCGAGGUGCUAUUAAGCCCAGCUGCCCGGAGUCACAUGGCGGCCCUGACUCUCUCCAAGCCGGCCGCAGGAGGAGUAAUACGGCGAUCCUCUCCCCUCGUCCAUCCACCUUGUACUUUAUACUGAACAACCGCAAUAAAUGUGCCGUGGUUUAUGGAAACUCGUGUACGUCUUGUCAUCUUUCCGUUGUGGCCUACGAGCCGGUCAUAACAACAUCAACACCUUUAAACCCUUAACAUUUUAUUAUAUUCCAUAUCACAGUUCUGGGUAGCAACAUGUUACAACAUUAUAUCAAUUUCUUUGUUUUUCUUUAAGAAAUGUUUAACCGAGUGGUGCAGUGAUGACGUAUUUGUGUAGUUCGACCCGG